AUGCUUGUCACCGUACAUGAUUAUCAGGCCAAUCGCAUAAGGGAACAUAUAGAGGUGAAAUUUAGUUUUGUUGCAGAAAGGUUAUUAAAUGAUGACAAUGGUAUCAUAAAGAUAUCUGCUGAACACAAUCGACUGAACAUAGGAUGGGAAGAAAACAGGGUGACAACUGACAAGGGGAAGGAAAAUGGUAAAGCCCCUUUGUGUAAAGAUAAAGACAUGCAAGCAAAAGUUAUGGUACUUACUGAUUCUAUAAUUCCUUGGGAAUUUGUUAAAUAUGAGCUGAGAUCUACUCCUGGAUAUGUGGUACCUAACCAAAAUGGCAUGAAACUGAGACGAGGGAAGUUAUCCCAUGCCUCUUCUUUACCAUGCUUGCUUGAUUCAGUUCACUCUACUGAGGCUUCUGAUGAGAAAAUUUAUCCAUUGAGCCCCGAAAACCUGACUCCCGAUGAGCCAAUGUCACCGAAACUUUACGUUGCAAUUCACAUUUCAGACUCGCCAACACUGGACAGGCCAGAUAGAAGGCAAAAAGUAGUUCCAGUUGGGCCUCGAUUUCAGGCUGAUGUUCCCAAGUGGAAUGGCUCGGUCGAGAAGGGCGUUCUUAAUCCCAGGAUGGUUAAGAAAAUAUUUCAGAAUUCAAGGUGGUUGGGCACCCAAUUUUGGCCCAUCAAAGAUGGACCUGUGGAAACCAGAGGGAGAAUGAAUGGAAAAGGGAGACCUGCCUCUUGUAGCUGUAUGACACUAGGAUCUGUUGACUGCAUUAGACGACACAUACCUGAGAGAAAGCAUCUACUUCAACGGGAACUUGGCCCCGCUUUCUUUGGUUGGAAGUUCGAUGAGAUGGGUGAACAAGUUUCAAAAUCGUGGACAUUGAAGGAACAACAAAAAUUCGAAUUGUUGGUGAUGAAACCACUACCUAAUGGAAAGAGCUUUUUGAAACAAGCUUCAAAGUACUUUCCAACGAAGUCUAAGGAAACCAUCAUCAGUUACUAUUUCAAUGUCGUCAUUCUGCAGCGCCUGAGCAGGCAAACAAGGUCACCUCUAAAAGAAGUUGAUUCAGAUGAUGACGAGGUAGACUUCAAUUCCAUGGGCUUGCAAAAGAGAAGUAAAGGGAAAAAUGCCAUCACCAGCAAUUCUAAACAUGCAAAGACUCGAUAUUUGCGUGUGGCUUCUUAG